ACCGCAGACCUUCUCGAAAGUACACCUUCUGACUAUUUGAUGUCAGUCGAUGGCAGCAUGAGUAACAAACUAGAAGCCUGUAACCUGGCCAAGGUGCGCCAGGGAGAAACCAUGAUCACGAUAAGAAGAAGUCGAACAAGAGAAAAGUGUUUCAUCAUUAUGUUUGUUCUUGUUGUCUUCUUUGCGCUGUUCGUCGCCUUUAGCCCCAUAACUGAUGCAACAAAAGACCUGCGCAUCGUCCACCACAGGCCACCUCGAGAAGCGGUUCAGCGGGAUACUGCAUACUUAAAGUCCUCUCGGAAAGCUGGUAAGAGUACGCAAGGUAUUUGCCGAACCUUCGACUGUUUGAAGUCAAAUUUCAACAUCACCAACAGCAUUAACACCAUGGUGGAUCCUUGCAAGGACUUUUACCAGUUUGCGUGUGGACGCUGGGUUAUGGAAAAUCCCAUCCCCAAAAGUUCCACAGGAUCCAGAGGCUUUAGCAAAUCCGAUUUGACUCAAUUCGUUCUUCAAGAAACUCUCAUCAAUCUUCUUAAAGUCGAUGACAGCACAGCCCCACAAGGUGUCCAGCAGGCUCGUGCUUUCUUCCGGUCCUGCAUGGACGUGGACACCUUGAGCAUGCGUGGAACACAGCCGUUGGUCGACUUCCUCGACCGCUACAGCAUCUACCCGACACUUCAACCAGAGUGGACAGACACGGAUAUGACGUUCUGGGACAUAGUUGACUACCUCGGUAAUCUGGGCGACUAUGGUUUCAACGUAUUCAUCCCGUUUGCAGUGAUUCAGGACCAGAUGCACUCAGAGAAGAAUAUUAUCAAGUUCUUUCAAGCUAUGCUGCUAUUGGGAGAGCCCUCCAAUUAUUUAGGACAGAGAAUGUCGAGUGCGCGAGAGACCUUGGAAUCCAUGUAUCUGUACACACAUUCACAGCUGGGUGCAGAUCUGAUUACUGCUACUGAAGACGCCAAGGAUGUGGUGGACUUUGAGAUAAAACUAGCCCAAUUCAUUGUUCCACUCGAUGUAAAAAGCGACAGAGCUCAUGCUUCACCCCAAAUGACGGUGGCGGACUUGACUGACAGGUUUCCACAGUUUGACUGGUUGAGUAUGUUACGGAAUCAGUUCAGCAAGACAGGAGAGGAUUAUAACAUCACAAUGAACGAAGUGGUAGCCAUUGAUUCUUUAGACUACUAUGAAAACCUUUUCAGCCUGGUCGAUGAAACGCCGACUAGGACUUUGCUGAACUACGGCAUGUGGCGUCACGUGAUCUUCCUUUCCCAGUUCCUUGCCCCAGACUUCCGAGAGCUAUUCUACGGACCCUCAGAUCGUCAGAGCACCUGUUUCACUUGCGUUCAAGACAGUUUCUCUUUCGCUUUGGGCAGAAUGUACGUGGACAAAAUGUUCUCGCCACAAGAUAAACGAAAGGUAGAAAGUAUUAUCGAAAGUCUCAUGACGGCUUUCAAGAAGAUGCUGAAAGAUAACCGCUGGUUGUCACAAGCUACGAAGGCAAUAGCACUCAAAAAGUUGAACUCCAUGGGUCGCAAGAUCGGGUAUCCGGAGUUUGUCCUUGAUGACAAGGCUCUCAAUGCCAAAAGUGACAUGUUCUCUGUGGACGAAAAAGACUUCUUUGGAAGUAACCUUGAUAUCGGGCAUCAAAGAAACCUCUUAGACCUUAAGGUUCUACGAAGGAAAGUGGACAAAACUAAAUGGGAGCAGCAAAUAUAUUCUGUUAAUGCUUACUACACUCCAAAUAUCAACGAAAUAGUAUUCCCGGCGGGAAUUCUCACCCAUCCACUCAGAGCCGAAAACGUUACAGAUUCUGUGCUGUAUGGUAACCUAGGCAUGAUCAUCGCACACGAGAUCACUCAUGCCUUCAACGGUAAAGGUGGCGGCUAUGAUGAGAAAGGUAACCUGCGCCAGUGGUGGCGACAAAAGGACCUGAGGAAUUUCAAAGACCGGAGUCAGUGUCUGGUUGAUCAGUACAAUAAGUUUGUAGACAGGGAGCUGAAUUUACACGUCGACGGGUUGCUGACUUUAGAUGAAAACAUUGCUGACAACUGUGCGCUGAGGGAAGCUUUCAAGGCAUAUCGCAGUGUUAUCAAGGAGAGAGGCCGAGAAGAAGAAGCACCCUUCACUGCCGUACACACCGGACCAGCUCUUCUUCAUCGGCUUUGCACAAGCCUGGUGUGAUAACUAUGGACCGGAGCUCCGUGAAGAGCUUUUGAUGGACAUACACAGUCCAGGUUCCUUCAGGGUGAUAGGAAUGAUUCAGAACAACAAGGAUUUCGGUCGAGUCUUCAACUGUCCUGAGGGAAAACCCAUGAAU